CACGUAAAAAACAUUGUGCAUUCCACCUGGAGGCUAACUUUUCUCUCUGUCUUCUCUUGUUUCUGUAGCACGGCCAGUAACUCUCCGCGCAGCACCCCCGGGAGCUCCCCUUCCUUGCGCAGAAGGGUCCUGGGGGGAGGCAGAGCGAGUGAGGGUGAAGGAGGAGGAGAGAGGACCAAUGGAGGAGGAGGAGGUGCGGACAGUCCUUUGCCCUCCGCCGCAUCUGCCUCUUCCCUCUCUUCUGCGUACCCCAUUGCUUCAAGACAUUUCUCACGCAAUGCCAAGAAAAUGCAGAGCUGGUAUAAUGUUUUAAGUCCCACAUAUAAACAAAGAAAUGAAGAUUUUCGCAAAAUUUUCAAAAAGCUUCCUGAUACUGAGCGGCUAAUAGUGGACUAUUCGUGCGCUUUGCAGAAGGACAUUUUACUUCAGGGCCGUCUGUAUUUGUCAGAGAACUGGCUGUGUUUCUACAGCAACAUCUUCCGCUGGGAAACCACUAUCACUAUCCUGCUGAAAGACGUCACCUCACUCACCAAGGAAAAGACUGCCAAGCUCAUCCCCAACGCCAUUCAGAUCAGCACUGACAAUGAGAAGCACUUCUUCACCUCUUUUGGAGCCAGGGACCGAAGCUUCAUGAUGAUUUUCAGACUGUGGCAAAACGCUUUGAUGGACAAGUCUCUGUCGCCUAAGGAGCUCUGGCACAUUGUACAUCAGUGUUAUGGUACAGAGCUGGGUCUCACAAGUGAAGAUGAUGACUAUGUCUCCCCCACCGGUGAACACAUGAAUGGCCUACUGCCAGGGGAAGAGUCUGUCUCCGUCACAGACUUGUUGGACCUGAGCUCUGUGACUUCUUCUGGCAGCUCUCCUCCUCUUCCUCCUCUGGUCUCUCCUCUCCUCUCUCCAUCUUCCACCAGCCUGGGAGGAUCUGCUUCUCCCUCCGCCACCUCCUGUCCGCCUAUAGAGGUGCCUUCUUCGUCAUCGGCACCCAGACUGAGCAGUGAUCCACCUGACCCCAGCCCGCCCACGCCACAGAGCUCCACUACAGCCACCUCCACGCCCGCCACCUCUGCCCCAGCCUCGGCGACUACCUCGUUUUAUCUGGAGGAGGGUGGGGACAGUCUGUCAGAAUCCACUAAUCAGAUGCAGCCCGCUCACACCACCAGCCUGGGAAACCUUUCCUCACUGGACAUUACCAAUGAUGAAGACCUGCCCACAGACCCCAGCAACUCCUCUGACACACAGGAAGAGAGUGAAGUAGAGUCUUUCUGUGCCAACCUGGGCGGGCGGUUGCACAUAAACUCUGUGGUUGGCAUGAGCGUGGACAAACUUCACGAUCUCCUCUUCUCUGCGGACACACAUUUCAUACAGCACCUCUUUUCCCAGAGGCACUUCACUGAUUUAACAGUGGGUGAGUGGCAGCAGGAUGGCACCACAGGGAACACCAGUCGAGUACUGAGCUACACCAUCUCCCUGAACAACCCCCUUGGUCCCAAAACUGCCCCUGUGGUGGAGACGCAGACACUGCAUAAGAGCAGUGUUCGAGGUGAGUGUUUUGUGGUGGACUCUGAAGUCAUCACCUCAGGCAUCCCGUACCAGGACUACUUCUACACUGUCCACCGCUACUGCCUCACCUCCGUCAGCAAACAGAAGAGUCGCCUACGGGUUUCCUCUGACAUCUGCUACAGGAAGCAGCCGUGGAGCCUGGUCAAAGCCCUGAUUGAAAAGAACACCUGGAGCGGCAUUGAAGAGUAUUAUAGACACAUGGAGAGUGAGGUGUGUAAACUGGAGACUCUGCUCCAGUCUGAGGUGUCUGUGGUGACGACAGGUGAACCAGUGGGCCCUGACACCGCCAAGACUCCCCCAUCUCUACGGCGACGGAAACGCACAUGCUCCAGGCGGCAGGGCGACCGGGACAGAGAGAGGGAGGGAGUGGGCCUGGGGGCCGGAGGGGCGGGGGACAGGGGCGUGGGAGAGGACCGCGACAGGAGAGAAGCCACUUCCCAAUUUAUGAAACUUGGAGAGCGGCCUCGAGGUGGAGGACAAAACAUAUCCACUAUCCUCCUCAUAGUCAGCUUCAUCCUGGUGGUCCUGGUGGCCCUGAACAUGCUGCUCUUCUAUAAACUCUACGGUCUGGAGAGAGCCGCUCACACGCUGGAGACCUGGCACUCUUACUCCCUCUCAGACAGCCCUCUCCCUCAGACGGCUGCAGAGUGGGCCCAGGUUCUCCAGCUACAAAGACAGUUCCACCAGGCUCAGCUCAACAAGUGGCAGCAAAUCCUACAGUCUUCUGUGGCUCUACUCGACCAGAUGAAGCAGUCGUUGGAGAAGCUGCAUCGGGGCAUUGUAUUGCCAGAGGUGCAACAGGAGGGACCAGACGACCCGCCCGACCCCUGACCUCUGACCCCUCCCGUCUCCUCACAGAACGGAAACACAGAGACUACAUUACCCACAACCCCCUUUUGUCCUGACUCACUUGAAAACGGCGUUGUUCGACCUCAGCCAACUUUUAAUCAAACUGUUUAGCGACAGAAAGCUACAAGGACCACAGCAAUAAAACCUUCACUUUUCAGAAUUUUUCCAUUUCACAAUCCUCACAGUUCCACAAUCUGAUGCAAACUCUUCAAAAGGCAUUUCAAGAAGGGACGAGUUUGCUCUUUGGAGAAUAUUUUCCUCAAAGCCUGCUGAAUCGACGGAGGAAAUCACGAACACUGUAUUCUAGCGUUUUUUUCCAUUCUAUUUUUAGAUGUCAACACAAAAUAAUCCAACUCCAUCUGGAUUUGUAACUUGUGUGAAAACGGUGCAGAAAUUUGUAUAUCGGACCAUUCAGUAUUUAUUCUGAUAAUCUGAUCGUCAUGUCUAUCUAUGGUCAUGGUAUCUUGUGAUUUUCGAAGUGUGGACCAAGCUUCGUGAACACUGUCGAGCAAUAAUGAAAACAGAUCUUUUUGAAUGUUUGAAAAAAAGUAGUGUAUUAUAAUAUUAAUAAUAUUGAAUUGCGUGGACUUGGGGAGAAUUGUUUGGCGGAAUCUUGUUACAUACAUUUCAUAUUUCAUUCUUUUUAACGUAGACCACGAGAGUUCAAGAUUAGCAAAGAGUCUGCCUAGCCUGAAAAUGUACGGUGAACAUGGACCAACCAACAUUGUAGUUAAAAGGGAAUUCAGUAUUUUUUCUUUUUUUGUCAAAAUCGUUUGAUUUCACAUGUUUGUUGCUGUCUUAUUGCGUCACUUAAAUGGUCCUAUAUUACACACAUUUUUUUUUUUUAAUCUGUGUUGUGUUUGUGUUGUGUGUUCUCAUCAAAAACAUACCUGGAGUUGUGUUUGUGUUGCGUUUAGGGUUUUCAAAACUAUUGAAAAUCGGAUGCUAAUCGAUACUGAAACUAGUAUCGACAGUGGAUUCUCAUUUGAGCUGGUAUUGAUACUAAAAAAAGCCCUGAAUAGGAGAGCACAUAGACUAGUAUAUGCCCAUGGACCACUAUGGAACCUACCUGGACCACUAAGGGGUUUUAGUAUCAUCGUAAUACUAUUUCAUUCACACAUAUUUAACACAAAUCUUGGAUAUUUAGGCUGUGUUUUUCUCUUAAACUGAAAACACUUGUGAUUGUUAUGUCAUCUAGUGGUAAUACAGGAAUAAACUCCAUACAUCUUCACUAGAAUCAUUUGAAUAAUUUGCAGCCCUAUUGCCAGUUUAUGAAGCAUAAGUUCUGUGUAAUGUCAGAACUAUUGUAGCCUUUUCUGUUGCAAUCACAACUGAGCAAAAGGUAAAACAAAAAUAAUAAAAAGGCAAUAACUUAUGGAUAUUCUAGGGUUGCGUAAAUCAGUUCAAGUGAGACUAAAAAUAGCUGUGUAACUUUUCUUGUAGAGGGUUCGCCACCUGCUUAACUCCAUGUUGUUUUUUUCGUGAAAUGUUCUACAGUAUGGUAUUUAAUUUAAGUAUCUCCAUGGAGACCAGCAGGCCACAUCACCAUGCCAAGUUACAGGUCAGAUCUGUUGAGAAGUGGGCCAGCUCAAGGUAGUGGUGCAUGGUUUUGCUGUAGGUUUGAGAAAUUAAAACCCCUGUAAUGGAGUAAAUACAAGAUAUUUGUGUAUUGCUGCUCUGGAACAUUCCAGGCAAAGCAAUAAUGGCAGACCCUCCACCAGAAAAGUUAUACAGUGCAACUCUAACUUCAAAACUACCACUUGAUGACUUCACAAGGUUGAACAGAGCAUUUUGAGCUUUAGAGGUGUUACCUUACAGUACAGGAUUAUACUCGAACAUGUGUGAAUGAAUCAAAACACAACUCCAGGUAUGUUUUUGAUGAGGUAACAACAUUAUAACAUGGCUAAAAGAUAACAGUAAAUUUUGUGUAAUACAGGACUUUUCAUUUCAACCUCUGUGAUGUGAAAUAAUCCUCCACUUUCGUACGCCACAUUUACUCCAUUCUCCAGUCUUUAGUCUCUCUCUAUCUCUCUCUCUGCGUCUCACCAAAAACUAGAGCGGAUGUGUACAGAAUCGCCUGGGCCCUGCUGUGCGCGGCCGGCGUUUGAAUAGGAAAAAGAAAAAAGACAAUAUUUAUUAAAUGGAUAGAAGAAGAGGAGGAGGGAGGGAGGGAGGGAGGGGUGCUGGCUCGACCAAGGGAGAGAAGCAGAAGAGAGUGAGAAUAUACUGUAAAGAUGUGAUUGUACAAAAAAAUGGAGGAAAAUGAACAUGUCUAAAACACGCACAGCUGUCUCUGUCUUUAUUUUGUCUGUUUGUUUCCUGUGUUUUUUCUUCUACUUUCAUGAAAG